AGCAAUGCUGACCACUAACUAUAUUCAGUUGAAGAGUCCACAAACAUGAAGACUAUUUGGCUAUUAGCAUUCUGUGCACUUGCGGCUUCCGCCUAUGCUCUGGAAGAGUCAGAGCGCGAGAACGGAGAGAAUGGUUGGUACAUUCCUAAGCAGGACGGCACCUUCGAGUGGGUUGACAUGGACGAAGCUGAGGAGUGGCUGGAUCGCCAGGAAGCGAUGGAGGACCGCGCUCUCAUUACCACCACACCCGUGAAGUUCUAUCUGUACACCAGCUCGAACCCCAGCAAGGGCACCAAGAUCACCACCACCGCCAAGUCCAUCAGCGGCUCUAACUUCAAUGCAGCCCACCCAACCAGGAUUGUCAUCCACGGCUGGACCCAGAGCUACACGUCGAGCAUGAACAAGGAGAUCCGCGCUGCUUGGUUGAGCCAUGGUGACUACAACGUCAUUGUCGUCGACUGGGCUCGUGCUCGUUCCGUUGAUUAUGCUUCCUCGGUUGUGGCUGUGCCAACUGUUGGCAAGAAGGUCGCUGCCUUGGUCAACUACCUGAAAUCUGACCACGGCUUGGAUCUGAAUAAUCUGUAUGUCAUCGGUCACAGCUUGGGUGCCCAUGUUGCUGGCUACACCGGUAAGAACACCAACGGCCAGGUGCACACCAUCAUCGGUCUGGACCCUGCCCUUCCCCUUUUCAACUACAACAAGCCCAACAAGCGUCUCAGCUCCACUGAUGCCUACUAUGUCGAGUCCAUCCAGACCAACGGCGGCACCUUGGGCUUCCUGAAACCCAUUGGCAAGGGCGCUUUCUACCCCAACGGUGGCAAGACCCAGCCUGGCUGCACCCUUGAUGUCACUGGUGCCUGCUCCCAUGGCCGCUCUGUUACCUACUACGCUGAGGCCGUGUCCCAAGACAACUUCGGUACCAUGAAGUGCAGCAACUAUGAAGACGCUGUGGCUAAGGAAUGCGGCAGCACCUACAGCAGCGUUCGUAUGGGCGCUGAUACCAACGCCUAUAUGGUUGAGGGUGACUUCUACGUUCCCGUCAACAGCAAGGCGCCAUAUGGCAACAUUAACUAAUCAAUAAUGACGCAAUAAACAUACCUCUAUCGACAACAUCCUAUA